AUGCGAUUUUGGUGGCCGGGUUGGGAGCCUCGAGAGCGCUCUCUAUCUAGCGAUAGUGAGUGCUCUACGGACAGCCAUUCCAGUCUCGCCAGCGAUGCGUCGUUUUACGACGCGUCGCCUGAUGACGAAACUGGAGUGGGACACGACGAAAUUCCCCCUCUCCCAGAUGACACGCAACUGGUCACUGGGGAACAGGCGGGGCAGUCUGAUUUAAGACUGUUCCCAGAAAGUUCGUCACCCUUCUUUGCGGAACGGGUGGGACGAAACUGCCUGGGAACGGUCGCCGUCGGACAAGGGGUAGGGGUACACACUGGUACCUCCAAUAAUUCCCUUCCGGGGCCCCAAAAUGGGCCCCGAGUGCGUCUACGCGCGCCAUCGCCUCGCGGUGAUGACGCGGAGUUAGGCGCCGCAACUUCGGGCACGGGUUCGGAUCCCGCAUCGCCCAGUGCCUACCAAGUUUCCGCGCGCGCAGAGGUCUCUGUCGCGCGUGAGCCCCGUCUGGUGUCCGGCCCCGAUUUUGGUAUAGGGGUCGCCGCAAUUCACGACACCAUUCAAGACAACGCUCAAGACUCCUCGGGCCAAGAUAGCGUCGUCUCCGCCGGCCUUGCAGAGGCCACGAGACCGCCUCCCGCCUCCUCCGCGCGCCGUUUGACUUCCCCCGUCUCGCCGGACGCUCCCGCCGCUGCCGUGGCCUCGCAGGAUGAAGAUGCGAUUGUUGGCAUACCCGGCAGGGCGGGCGCUACGCUGCCCGACCGGGUAUCGCCGACACACGGACAAGGACUGCAGAGCGACGGCUCCCCGGGCGCAAUCAUGCGGCGCCCGGGUACCAAGACGUGCACCAAGGGCAUCUACACGUUACGGAGCGCCCUCCCAGACGUGGGAGCGGCCCAAGACACUGCUAGCGAUGAUGUUGGGCCCGGCAGGGCGGCAAGCAUGCUGCCCGACCGGGUCCAGCAUGGACAUCUACAGAGCGUCGGCUCCCCGGGUGCCCACAGGCAGCCCCCGGGUCCAGACGCGGCGGCACGCAUGCUGCCCGAACGGGUGCAGCUCGGGUCCGCGCUCGUAGCCGCAACGGCUCGCGCACUGGGUGCCUUCCAAGGCCCCAGCGACCCAGAGGAUAGCGAAAACAGCGACGGCGGGGCACCCGACGACGACACUGCCUCCUCGAUGGACGACGACGCUGCCUCCUCCUCAAGUGAUGAUGACCGGCUCGGGCAUGUAGCUACGGAGCUGCCUGCCCGAGCUGGAUACACUGCAGUGGCCGCGGCCCCCACCAUGGGCUGCCACGACACCGCCAGCGAGGCCGUGUCCACUGCAGCAAUUAUUUAUGUCUCACGUACCUGUGACGACCGGCUCGGCAGACAGGCUCCCAUACUGCCUGACCGAGUCGGGUGUGACGCUCCCAUGCCUUGCGGCGACGAGCCGUCCGCUGUUGCUGGGCCCUGUCCCCAUGAUGAUGACUGCACACCCGGCAGGGCGGGCAGCAUGCUGCCCGUGGGUGCUGCACAGGCUCCUGCCACGACCGCAGCCGUCCCCAUGGAGGUGCACCAGGGCGCGACGUGGCAGGCAGCAAGCCUCACUCCGCCGUCUCCUCCUCUCGUGCUCCGCCUCAACGGCAAGCGUCGCCGCUUGAACGACGAGGAUGACGGGGACGAACGCGAGCAAGCCGAGCAACUGCUGCUCGAGGACGUCGAGGCCGCCCCCAUGAACUCAGCGCUUAGGCCAUCCGCGGCCAGCGCACUUCCGGCCUCCGUCCUGUCCGUGUAUGCCCACAACGCGCCGCACUUCACGUGCACGCUGUGUGCAUAUACGGCGUCAAGCUUUGCUUCGCUCAAGCGCCACCGGGACUCAAGGCAUCGCCGCAUCGCCUUCCUCGACCGGUUCUCGGCAGGUUGUGCGUGCGGCACACCUUUCGUGUCGAGGCUGGCUGCAGCUAACCACGCGCAAGCGUGCGCCAGUCUCCGCGACACUUCGGCUGCGACCGCAUCAGCAGCCGGGGACCUCAGCCCCACUGCUGGUGCAGUUAAUGCCACCGCUACGGUGGCCGACACCGAACCCGUGCUGCCCCGCCAAGACCCUCCGGUGCUCACUGUGUCCCCCCCACAGUCUAGCACCACUCAUGACAGGUCAACAGAGUCAAGAUGGAGCCCCCCGCUCCCAAGGCAGCUGCCGGAGCUGACGGAGGAGGAAGAGACGAAGGUAGGCGAAAGCGACGACGAGGACGACGCUGAUGAAGGUGAUGGCGAAUGGCUGCUGCGCUUCGACGGUGCCUGCCGCAAGAACCCUGGCCCAGGCGGCGCCGGCGCUGCGUUGUUCAAGCCCAGCGGCCCCGUAGUGUGGACAUGCUCACACUACAUGCCGAGCAGCAGCGAGACGAACAACACCGCUGAGUAUACCGCUCUGCUGCUCGGUACAAGGGCUGCUGCCGAUCAUGGCGUCACGUGCCUGCGCAUCGAGGGUGACAGCACGCUGGUCAUCCAGCAGGUGCGUGGCAUCUUCGCCACUCGCAGCGCCGCCCUUCGCCGCCUUCGGGACCAAGUCAAGGUUGAGCUGGCGCGAGUGGGAGUCUUUACGCUCCACCACAUUGAUCUCCAGGCCAACGCACAUGCUGACCGCCUCGCGAACCGUGGGCUCGACCUCCGCCGUACCGUACUGGAGUGCGCAGACCAUCCAACUGGUGAUGGCUGCACUCGUACGAGCAACAUCGGCUUGCGGCAGGACACCAUACCGGUGUGGUGA